AUGUCUGACGAGCCCGUGGUCAAGAAAACUAAGGUCGAGGACCUGCCCGACACUAUCGUGGAUUCCGUUUACGAAAAACAGCUCGCCGAGGGUCGUGUUCGAGGAGUCGCAAGCAUCAAGCCUGAGUAUCUUGUUGCUCGAGCUUCUGCUGAUGCCAGAGAUGCUCCUCCAUCUGUUAACGACGAUCUCGCCGAGGGCGGCGAGAAGCCAGAGGAAAAGAAGAAGGGUGGCCAGAACAAGAACCGGUCUUUGAAGCAGCGAAAGGACGCCAUCAAAAUGUGCUCCAGUGCUCUACAGUUCAAAGAGGACGGAUCUCCCCAGGAGUGUUCAUACGGAGACAAGUGCAAGUUCGAGCACGAUUUGCAGAAGUAUCUCGAAUCCAAGCCCAAGGAUAUUGAGGGCGUGUGUCCUGUGUUUGAUCUGACCGGCCAGUGUCCUCAGGGAUACAAGUGCCGAUGGUUGUCUUCGCACCGAGACAGUGAAGGCAAGCUUCUUGUGGACGAGGAGAAGAAGAAGGCCAACGCAGACAACAAGGAGCUUAACCACGUGUUCAAGCAUCUCAACCCUCUGCAGCGAAAGAAGUACGACUUGUCCAAAUCCGAUGAGGCCAUCAAGCUCAUUGAUGCUCAGAUUGUGCGAGACGAAGACGACGAACAGACCAAGCUGGAGAAGAAGGAGACUAUUGAGAUUGACACUGGUCGAAUCCGACCCAGUGAAAAGAAGAAACUCGAUCUCAAAGGCAAGUAUAUUGUUUCCCCUCUUACCACCGUUGGCAACCUGCCCUACCGACGUCUGAUGAAGGACCUUGGUGCUGAUGUCACCUACGGAGAGAUGGCUCUCACUCUGCCUCUGAUCCAGGGCCAUAAGGCCGAGUGGGCCCUGACUCGAUGUCACAGUUCCGAAGUCACCGAGGGAAACCACUUUGGUGUCCAGGUGACUGCUCCCAAGCACUGGCAGGCUAUCAAGGCUGCUCAGGCCGUCUCUGAGCUCUGCACAGGCAUCUCCGAGAUCAACCUCAACUGUGGCUGCCCCAUCGAUCUCGUUUACCGACAGGGAGCCGGCUCUGCGCUUAUGGACCAACAGGGAAAGACAGCUCGAAUCGUUAGAGGUAUGAGCAUGGUGUCUGGAGAUGUGCCCAUCACUGUCAAGAUGCGAACUGGAACCGGUUCCACGCCUACCGCCAAGAAGCUCACCGCCAGACUGCUCGCUGAGGGCCAGACAGCUGCUUUCACUCUUCACGGCCGAUCCCGAGCCCAGAGAUACACAAAGCUGGCCGACUGGAACUACAUCCGAGAGGUUGCAGACUCUGUGGUCAACACCCGAGACGAUGUCCGGGAGAAGAGCGAGCUUGAUGACCACGUCAUUUCUCACCCCACUUGGGUCGUGGGUAACGGAGACUGUUACACCUGGUCUGACUGGCAUCGAGCAGUGGAUGAGGCUCAUGUCGACUCUGUGAUGGUUGCUCGAGGCGCUCUUAUCAAGCCCUGGAUCUUCGAGGAGGUCGAGAGCCGUCAGCAUAUUGACAAGUCGGCCACCGAGCGACUCGAAUACUUCCAGAAGUUUGCCCAGUACGGACUUGAGCACUGGGGAUCUGAUCAAUACGGAGUCAAUCAGACUCGACGGUACCUGUGCGAGUUCAUGUCCUUCACACACAGAUACGUACCCUCAGGAAUCCUGGAGUAUCUGCCUGCCAAGAUGAACGACCGACCGGAUUUGUGGAAGGGCCGAGACGAGAUGGAGACUCUGUUGGGUUCCAGUGACUACCGAGACUGGAUCAAGGUGACCGAACGGUUCCUGGGUCCUGUCGGCGACGAGUUCGAGUUCACCCCCAAACACAAGAGCAACGCCUACCCUACCGAGAGUGGUUGA